GCGCGAUCUCCGCCCUCCUUCCCUCCCGGUCCUCCAGCUUACUUCCCCAAGGCGGCUCUCCCGAUCCGGUAGAGAAGCAGGAAGGCGGGAAAAGCAACGUGCCCUCGCAGCGGGGCACCGCAAGAUGCCCGCCUGCCCCCUGCCAUGAGCCCGGCCCGCUCCCCCCCGCCCAGCCCAACCCAGCCCUGUCGGCAGCCGCGGGGGGCGGGCGGAGAGGCGCGGAGCGCACAGGGAGGCGGAGGGCGCAGGUAGCCAAGGAAGAGGCAGCGGCGGCUGGCGGCGGCACUUGGCAGAGGAGCGGAUCGCCGCAGCCUGGCCCCGAUGGGCGAGCUCGAGGCGGGGGAUCUGCGUGGGCCCGGCGCGCAGUCCCCCCUGGGCAGGGCCCGCAGCUGCGACCAGCACCACGCCGGUGCCGGCCGGCGGCGCAGAGCCGUGCGCGUCCUAAGCAGACUGGCCCGGCGCCUCCUGCAAACUUUGCGGGGGGCGCGGCAGCGGCGACGGGAAGGCGCGGAGGUGGAGGACGACGAGGGCGGCUUCAGACGCCCGCCAGGGCCGGAUCGCGAUCGUGGCCAGGCAGGCGGCGGCGGUGGAGCCCGGCUCUCGUGUGGCGCGUUGCACCCGCUCCCAGCGGCCAGUUCCGGGGACCCGCGACCGCUCACCCCCGGCGCGCAGGGGCUCAAGAACCACGGCAACACGUGCUUCCUGAACGCCGUAGUGCAGUGCCUGAGCCACACGGAGCUGCUCGCCGCUUUCCUCCUGCUGGCGCUGCCCGACCAAGAAGGGCCACCGGCGGGACCUGGCUCCGGAACCGCCUCCGGCGAGGUCACCCGCCACUUGGCAACGCUGGUGCGGGCGCUCUGGACCCUCGAGUACACACCGCAGCUCUCCGCAGACUUCAAGAAUGUCGUCUCGAAGUAUGGUGCUCAGUUCCGUGGAAACUCACAACACGAUGCCCUGGAGUUCCUGCUGUGGCUGCUGGACCGCAUGCAUGAAGACCUGUGUUCUUCUGUGUCUCUUAAUCAGAAAGUGAAGGUGUCUGGAAAGCCUCCCCUUGGACAGGAAGAGAGCUCAAGCAGUGGCGGUGCCCAGCCAGCUGUCCAGCCCCCCAAGAGUCAGAGCUUUGUGCAGAACCACUUCCAGGCACAGUACAGGUCCUCCUUGACCUGCCCUCACUGUCUGAAGCAGAGCAACACCUUUGACCCUUUUCUGUGCAUCUCGCUGCCCAUCCCCUUGCGUCAGACCAGGCCUUUGAAUGUCACUCUCGUCUUCCAGUCCAAGAGCCAACGAUUUGUGCGAGUGGGCCUGGCUGUGCCUCUCUUCAGCACUGUGGCAAGGCUUAGAGAAAUGGUAGCGGAGGAAGGCAAGAUUUCACCUGACCAAGUGAUCCUGGCUGAGCUGGUCCAGUCUGGGUUCCAGUGCUCCUUCUCAGAUGAUGAGGAUCUGAACACCAUCGCAGAGGGUGACAGCAUCUAUGCAUUCCAAGCUCCACUCUCCUUUAGCAGGGGCAACUCUUCUCGCCUCUCAGGUUGCCCCCACAGCCUCCCAUCCUCUCCCAAUUCUUCGGAGCCGGAAGGCCAGCGCUUAGCUCACAAUGGGGCCAUUUCAUCCGAGUUCCUGCACCACGGGACAGGGGGCAGAGUCUUGCUCCUUGUCUGCAAUGUAGCUGGGACAGGGCAGCAGGCUGUCAGAUUUGGCCCUCCACUGCUGAUGCGGGAAGACAGAGCCAUGUCAUGGGAUCAACUGCAGCAGUGCAUCCUGGGCAAAAUGCGCUAUCUGAUGAGAAGGGAGGCCCAAGUGCAGGCUACUGGGAGUCUGUUCCGGGUGCGGGUAGUUGGAGGUUCUGCACUGUGCUGUUACCUCUCUCCUCAGGACAGCUGGCCUCUCUAUCACCCCACUGUGGACAGAGCACUACAGUUUGGUGGUCCAGGUGGCCCCAGCCAUGUGAAACUGGUGAUUGAGUGGGAUGUGAGCACCAAAGAAUGCUUAUUUGGCAACAUCCAGGAGGAAGUGGUUGAGGAUGCAGAAAGUGUGAGGCUGAAGCAGCAACUUCAUCAGCAGCAGCACAGCUGCACUCUGGAUGAAUGUUUCCAGCUCUACACCAAGGAGGAACAGCUGGCCCCGGAUGAUGCCUGGCGCUGCCCCCACUGCCAGGUGCUUCAACAGGGUACUGUGAAGCUCAGUCUGUGGACAUUACCCGACAUCCUCGUCAUCCACCUGAAGCGCUUCCGGCAGGUGGGCGAACAGCGCCACAAGCUCUCCACACUCGUGCACUUCCCCCUGCGUGGACUCGACAUGGCUCCCCACGUGGCCAAGCGCAGCCGUGGCAGCAAGUGGGGUCCCUGGAAACACCCCGCUCCGGAAAGCAGCCCGAGUAACUUCCUCUAUGACUUGUAUGCUGUCUGCAAUCAUCAUGGCAGCAUGCAGGGGGGACACUAUACAGCCUACUGCCGCAAUGUCUUGGAUGGUCACUGGUACAGCUAUGAUGACAGCACCGUGGAACCAGUCCUGGAGGAUGAAGUCAGCACACGUGGUGCCUACAUCCUCUUCUACCAGAGACGCAGUGUCUCCCCAAGCUGGUCUGGAGGAGGCUCUGUCAGAGGUUCCACUAGCUCUUCUGUCUCUGAACAUUGGCUGGCACGGCUCGGGGGAAGCAGCACGCGAGAGAGCCUGGUGUCGCGGAGCUCCGCCACAUGCCCAUCUCUGCCAAAAAUGCCUGACUCACCCUCCCUCACCAAUGCCAGCACCAGCCAGGAGAAAGGUGGCUUUGAGUCGCGGCCCCUGGUGCGAGGUGUCCAGGGCAGGAGUGUCAGCAUGAAAGUUUCCCCUGGCAAGGCCAAGCUCGGAGUCCCCAAGCCCAUCCCUCUACGUUGGUCCUUCAACUCCAAAGAGUGGCCGGCAGAACCGUCUGGGGAGCUGGUAGAGUACCUGGAAUCUGGACGUAGACCUCGGUUCACUAACGAGUCCAUUGUCCCCCUCAUGACCAAAGAAGGGGAGGACAGUGGGACUUCGCUCACCAAAGCCAAACUGCAUCCUGUGCUACCAGGCAUGGGCACCACUGAGAACACUGGCAAAGCACCCCCCACUAUGGAAAACCCUGGCACCCUGAAACGGGCAGGGAAGCCAAAGGAGGAGGUAGGCGAGCAGCCACGGACGCCCAAGAAACUGGUGCUUUCUCUCAGCACAGUACCUUCUGUAAAAGACGAGGAAUGCAAGAGCAAAGCAAACAUCAACGGGACCUUGCGCACGGGGACAAACCUGCCCCUCUCCAGUUACCAGCCUAAGGGCAGAGGGAUCCAAGACCCAACGUUCACUCACUGUGUUGGGGAGAGGGAGCCUGAAAGUGAGAGGCAGCCAGAGGGGAAGCUGGCUGUCUUCAGGGUAGGCUUCCUCAGGAGGGACCCCAAGCGGCACAGUGAAUCUGAUAGACAUGGUCUCCUGCCUCAGGUCAUGGGCUCUUCCCGGGCAUCGCUCUCCAACGGCACGUUGAGUUCCAUCUCCGCAGGCAGAGCAAACAGUGCAUUGGGCCGCAGCUCCACAGAAGGGCUGCCCAAUGGGCGGAUCUGCCGUUCUGAGUUGGACAUCAAACGUGCUCAGAGUUCCUGCAGCAGCAGCAGCAGCAAGGGGAGGAGUGACUGGCUGCUGAGCCGGUCAGCCUCUCUCUGCAAGGCAAACCACAGCCUCUCCUUGCAGGGUUGCACACCACCUCUAGUCCUCGAGGGGGUUUCCUGUUUCACUCUCCAGCGGGCAAGGUAUCACACAGCAUCCCUGGGCAGGAGAAUAGCCGUUCCAGAAUCCAGCUUCUGAACUAGUCUGUGGUUCCAGCUGGAAGGACUGAAAAAGUGCCAACUCUUAUAGGCACUUGUAGGGUCUCGGGGCCUCUGGAUAAAAUCUGUUGAUUGCUGAAAAGCUUGGCUGGUGCUUGCUUCACAAGAGGAGCCAUCACAUCUAUGGGGUGCUAAGUGACACCGUUGCCUUGCCCAGAAAUGAAGAUGAAACAGGGACCUUGUGGACUGUGGGGUUAGAAUAGGGGAGAGAUAUAAGCUGGGGGAUCUUAGAGUAUUUAUUCUAUUAAAAAAAAGUGAAUUUUAUGGAUGCCAAUGUGAUGAUAUGCUGUUUUAUGACUGUGGUUAUUUUGGUACCAGGUUGUGGGGAGGGAAAUAAUAGGAGAGGAAAAUCUAAACAUUGCUCUAUGCAAUAAUCCCAACUUUUCUAUUUUCUGCAGGCAUUUGGGUUUUACAGAUCUAUUUGUUAUUAAAAAUGUCUCAAAUGA